GGUGGUUCCGUCCUUGGCAGUUCCCCCGCCAGCGUCGGCGGAGGCCCCGGCUACACCGGUACCGGCGCCGGAUGAGAUUGCCUCCAGCUUGCGCCAGCAGCUCAAGGAGAAGGAAGACGUCGAGGCGGCCUACCGGGCAAAAAUCGACGCUCUCAAAAGAGAGCUGCAGGAGCUCCAACGGCGGCAUGGGCCACUCAGGGAGCUCCUGGGCGGUGUCGCCAGCGAAGGCUUCGCGCCCCCUGUACGACGGUGCACGGGCUCUGGAUCGCCAAACAGUCCGGUAGUCGCGGAUCGAGCAGGUGUGCAGCGUGUGCCGGAACCACUGAGUUGUGCCGCACGCCUCGCUGCACCCUGGCCGGGACAAGGAACAGCCACUGCCCCGGCGCUGAGUUCGAUGUCUUCGCAACGGCCAUCGCCACGAUCUGGUCUGAUACCCGUGCGAGAGCCAACGGCCCAUAUCAUCUCCCCGCGGUCGGUGCAGCUGCCUAAUGGCACCACGACAUGGCCACACCAUACGCCGAGGAGGAUGCCUACAGCCAUCUAG